AUGCGUCAUCCCGCAGCACCGACAAUUAUUGCCGUUCUUCUGGGCUUUCUCGUUCUCAUAGUCUUGUGGAGUAGGAUUCAAGGCGAUGGCCAUCACGAGGGGAACCCACAUCCGAAAGAUGUGCCAAAGAAGAAAGAGGAGGUGUUGAGUGGUGAUGGAGAUGGGGAGACGUAA